CAACAACAACAACAACAAUAAUCAUUUACUUAAACGUAUUUCAAGAACAUAACUAAAACACAACAAAAGUCUUAUAAUAUAUAUCUACUAAAAAUGUACACGUUUGUAAAAGUCACCAAAUUAAUUACCAUCAUGUUCUUUCUAGCCAUUGCAGUCCUCGUAACCGCCUCAAACACAGCCGAGUUUGAUGUACUUGAGAUGGCUCGAGCUGCAGUGGUCGAAGCCAGGACUCUUUUUAGGUCAAUGGCUGUGGUGGAGAGUGAGGUUGCUACUAGUGGUCAUUAUUAUUUGGCGUUAAGUGAAUGCGAAAAGCUCUACGAUGAGGGUGAAGCUAGGCUAUCGAAACUGGUCGUGGCUCAUGAGAAUUUUACCGUUGAAGAUAUUAGAACGUGGCUAAGCGGAGUGCUUGCGAACCAUAACACUUGUUUAGACGGUUUGGUUCAGGAACGUCAAGGUCACGAUAAGCCUCUGGUCCAUAGCAACGUCACGUUCGUACUCCGUGAAGCUUUAGCUUUCUACAAAAAGUCUAGAGGUCAUAUGAAAAAGAGGCUGCAUGGACCAGCUAGGCAGAACCAUAGACUUGGAGGACCAAAACAUGGACCAACGAGACCAAAUCAUGAACCAGAAAGACCAAAACAUGGACCAACAAGACCAAAUCAUGGACUAACGAGACCAAACCAUGGACCAUCGAGACCAAACCAAAGCGGCGGAAUGUUAGUAUCAUGGAAUCCAACAAGGUCAAGGGCGGAUUUCGUGGUGGCUCAGGACGGUUCUGCGACUCAUCGGACAAUAAACCAAGCAUUAGCCGCCGUUUCGAGUAUGGGGAAAAGUCGGUCGAACAGAGUGAUAAUCUACAUAAAAGCUGGUGUUUACAACGAAAAGAUCGAAAUAGAUAGACACAUGAAAAACAUCAUGCUAGUUGGUGACGGUAUGGACCGUACAAUCGUCACUAAUAACCGAAACUUCCCGGAUGGUUCCACUACUUAUGGAUCAGCAACAUUUGGGGUUUCCGGGGAUGGAUUUUGGGCACGGGACAUGACGUUCGAGAACACAGCAGGACCGCACAAACAUCAAGCUGUGGCGUUGAGAGUGAACUCAGAUUUGUCUUUAUUCUAUCGGUGUAGUUUCAAAGGAUAUCAAGAUACUCUUUUCACACAUUCGCUUCGUCAAUUCUACCGCGAUUGUCAUAUUUAUGGUACCAUUGAUUUCAUAUUUGGAGAUGCGGCUGCCGUUUUUCAGAACUGUGAUAUAUUUGUGAGACGGCCUAUGGAUCAUCAAGGCAAUAUGAUCACAGCUCAAGGAAGAGACGACCCACAUGCAACUACAGGUAUUUCGAUCCAACACUCGCGGGUCAGGGCCGCACCAGAAUUCGAGGCGGUUAAAGGCCGGUUUAAGAACUAUUUGGGCCGGCCUUGGAAGAAGUACUCUCGGACAGUGUUUCUCAAAACGGAUCUUGCCGGGUUGAUCGACCCGAGAGGGUGGAGAGAAGGGAGCGGCAGUUAUGCUCUGUCAACGUUGUACUACGGCGAGUUUAUGAACACAGGAGCUGGAGCGGGUACAACCAGAAGGGUGAACUGGCCGGGAUUUCACGUCCUUCGCGGCGAGGAAGAGGCUUCUCCGUUCAGCGUCAGCAGAUUUAUUCAAGGAGAUUCUUGGAUCCCUAUCACCGGUGUACCGUUUGCAGCCGGGGUUUGAGUCACUCUUGAAUGAACAACCAUCAACAUAAUAAUCAAAGCCAACUAUAUAUUUAUGUUUUCAAAAUAUUGUUCUUCUACAUGUUAACUGGCCGUGACUUGACUUGUUUUCAUAUUAAGAUAUUAUAUAUAUUUGUAUA